UUCUCUCUUCUGUAACUUGCAAAUCUUCCGUACGAUCUUCAAAGCUUCAUAAAGGUUUCAUAAGUUUGUCGCUGAAAUUUUCAUUGACGCUAAUAUCACCGUCUACUAGUCGGUGAUUAGAGGUCCCCGAUGUAUUAAUUCACUAUAUAUCGGCUGUUAGAUAGGGUUUCCAUUCUAUAAACAGACAGUACCGCGGUGGGUGUCAGAAAAAUUUGUAUUUUGUCAUCCUUGUCAUCGGAGCACCGGGAGUACUGUCAAACAAUACUUAACUAAAUUGUUGUCGUUAAGGGGGCCGAUUAACAGCUCGACAUGGGAGACGGCAAAGUGGGCGAACGACAGCCGUUGUUAAAAAAUGAAAAUGUUACCUACAGUUCACGCAGCACCGAUGUCAUAGCUGCCUCAGAUGAAACAUUGUCAACUGUCAACACAGUAUCCACAAUAGGUCCUGAUGAACUACCUCCUUCGUAUCAGUCGAUUCAUCCAGAUGGUCUGCCUAUGGUCACUUGUAGAGUUUGUCAGGCUAUGAUAGAUAUAUCUACUAAAAGAGAUCAACAUGUUGUCAAAUGUUUGCAGUGCAACGAGGCUACUCCCAUACGAAGUGCACCACCAGGAAAGAAAUAUGUUCGUUGUCCAUGCAAUUGUUUGUUAAUAUGUAAAAGCUCCUCACAACGUAUUGCUUGUCCAAGGCCAAAUUGUAAACGUAUCAUUAACCUUGCUCCGAGUCCAAUCACACCACCUGUUCUUUCUAUGCCUGGAAUGUGCAGAGUAUGCUGUGCUCAUUGUCAUGACACAUUUUUGUUUAACACAUUGAAUAAUGCUUUGGCCCGAUGUCCACAUUGUCGAAAAAUAUCUUCGGUUGGUUCAGACUUUGCUAGAGGUCGAAGCAUUGCAUUUGUUAUUCUGGGAAUAAUAGCCUUAAUAAUUGCAGUAGCUGUGACUGUCGGAACUUAUACACAUGCAAAAUCUAAGGGUGGAAUUUAUGUAGCUUAUGUUGGUGCAUUUCUAUUCGCACUUUUGUGUCUGGGACGAAGCAUUUAUUAUUUCACAAUGAAAAUUAGUUUAAUAGAGGGUCCCAUGUAGUCCGCCAAAUGACAAUCAACAGCUAAUACUCUGAAACCGAUUCCUCUAACAUCUAUGUCGUAUAAUAAUAUAUUUAGAUCAAAUGUUUAUAGUAAUGACAAAAACAUAUAAGUCCUGCUAGGACAUGACCGGUAGUUGUAUACAUUCUACACAUGCAGUUGCGAGUUUGUACCCACAACAGCGCUCUCGUCGAAACAUUCUCGCAUGUGCAUAUACAGAUGUACAUGUUACGGACAAUGAGAACGUGUAUUUGGUGUAUGUAUACUAGAUGAAAAUGGGGGGGUGUCCAUUUUAAACAAGAAGGAUUGUUCCUCUGCACUUUUAUAUAUAAAAGCAUAGGACCAAUGCAACAACCCCAUUAAAUUGUUUUCAUAUUUGCAGUAAAGUAUACUAUACAUGCUUUCUACAUCUACCAUAAACAUAUAAAAUGCACACAGGUAUAAUCGUAAAUAAAAGAAAAAGAACAAAAAACAUUCUCGCAUCAACAUUAUUCCAAUUACGAGCAACAAUACAUACGGCUGCGUAAAUUGCGUUUCUAAUAAUGUACUUGCAUUGUCGUUAAAGAAUCAUUCAUAAACCAGUAUCUUUA